GAAUCUUUACUUCUAGGAAUAGAUAGACACAGCCUUUCAUUGCAUUCUUUACCAAAGUUGACACUAAAUAUCAUACUUUGUGAAUUCGAUGAUCUCAAAAUGUAUAAUAAUGAUAGAAAUAAUAACAAUAAUAACGUUAGUUUUAACACUAUUAACGAUAUUAUUAAUCUGAUACAAUCUAAUGAUAUAGAUGUUCACCCUCCUGGGAAUAACGAUCAUCCUGAUAUUAUCGAUCGAGGAUCAAAUAAUCAUUCUGCUAGUGAUGAUCUAGCCAUUAUGAAUAUAAGCUUAAAGAGUCCAGAACGUUUCUUCCUCGAACCUGUGGACGAAGGUUUUUUUCUUCAAAGCAGUAAUUUGAAGCAGUCAAAGUUCCACGAAAUAUUCAAAGCGAGCAUUGUGGUUCUGGUGAACUUGGAAAAUUUCCUGAUAUUUCAACACUGGGAAUCCAGUGGAAUUCAGGAAAAAGUUUAUGUCAUUGGCUUUGUGGGUGACUGCAGAAAGUAUCGUUAUCUCGAUAAACAGUUUUACGAGAGAUUUGAGUCCUAUAAGAAACUGCGAGAACGCAAUGCUGUUCAAAUUGUUACCCAUGAUGGGAGCAGGGACAACGCAACUACAGAACUUUUACGUUUAACGGUACGUUGACUUUUGAAAACAACAUUCUAUUUACAAACUAGACACUAUUCUACUUACAAACUAGACACUAAGUCCAGUCGCGCCUUCACUUUUUGUGUCUUUACAUCAGCAGCUCCAUUAGUUGUGUAUAUCUGACAUUUAAAAGAAAGUUAUCUUUUCUUUUCUUCAAUACAUGCUAGAUUUACAGAUGUCUUAACGUGUUUAAGUCAUGCGCAGUAAUAACUUUGAAAGUCUUGACCGACAAACCAUUUCUUGUCAAAUGUGAAGCAAAAGUUCUAAUUAGCAGUUUGUCGAAACUAAAUGUUUAAAAUCGUAUUGUAAUAACUUAAGUGAGGCAACUCAACGAGACAUAGAUGUUUAUUUACAUGGAGACAUGACAAACACAUAGGACAUCUGCCUUGAGCACAGCAUCUUCAUCUCGGCUCUAGACUUGGGCGGAAAUCGUUCUCUUCUCCAAUGCCAACAUCCUUCCUAGUCUAGUGUUUAAUAGUGCGCAUCUUCUGCACUAUCUUGGAUGGCGGUAUGCAUGGCAGGGUUAUACUAUAAUAUAAUAUAUCUUAUAUAAUAAGGUUUGACUGGAUUUAGCUGGAUGCUAAGUAGAACAUAAUACAGAAUUAUUUUGAAAUAAAGUAUAACAUUUCUCAAUAUAUUUUCUUUUCCAAAAUAUAAGAUAAACAUUUUUUUUUAUUGUGAUAAAAUGUGUGUCUAAUUAAAUGUCCUCGUGCUCUUUAUCUCAUGAUAUCUCUAGCAAGGCAUAAAUCUUUUUUUUUUCAAAAACUUCAAGCAAUUAAGAUUGAGAAAUGUUACUUUAGUUUGUAUCUGAAUGAAUGCCUGAGUACUUGACACCAUAAUGUCUACCUAUAUCUACUUUUUAUAAUUCACGCCGAUAAUGUUUCUUGGAUCGAGGUUAAAAACAAGGUAACCUUCAUACAACCAGCUGCCUUCUGCAAUAGGGAUAUUCAUGGCCUGAAAGUUUUUGCUGGACAACCCCAUGCAAUGAAAUUAUAUUCCUUCAGUCAAUGAAUCUCUUACAUAAGAAGGAACCGUGUCAGAAUGAAGGCAUUCCCAAAAUUGCUUUGACCCCACCAAACGGACAAAGGCGGUGACUGUCUCGACUCUUCUGUGUAAGAAAUAAGGUUAUGAACGUUGGAAUAGUUGCAUCUUUUUAAUUAUAGUUUAUGUGUUGUUGUUUUUUUAAUCAAUUCGUUUGUUUCGCAUUUUCAUUUCGUAACUAGCAUUCAGCAACAUUUCUUCUCUACUGGAUUCUAAGCUUCACGUCUUUCACUUAGACUCAAAACUUCUAUUCACCAAUGCUGAUUGCAAGUUUCUUGUUUCUUAUCAAAAAAACAGUAUCAAAGAAUCGAUGCACAAUUGGAAGUAUCCACAAAAAUUAUUAUUGCAUCUAAUAGCAAUGAAGUGCUGAAUGACUGCACCCUUACCAAUGAACGUGGACGACUAUUACAGCUGAUUCAGCCAAGGAAGAUUUUGGCUCGAGGUCCCAACGUCAACAUUGGAGGCUAUUUUCAGUGAAGCACUGGACACUCUAAACUGUGGAUCUGCUUGUUACUGUGACAUGAAACAAACAACUUGUGUCCAUGUUUUGGACUGUUUACAUUAUCACUCAUAGAAAUGAUAAAGGACCAAUAAAAAAUUGUAUUAAAUGAUCUUAAGUUUUCUGAGCUUUAUUAGAAAGUAAUGAAGAUUUCAUGGGAUAUGGGAAUGCCAAGGGAUAAGAUGAAUGAACAAAGAAUUUGACGAUUUGUUAGAUGUGGCUCAUUGCAAUGCUUAGGGAUAAGGUGAAGACGGUAAAAGGAAAAAAAAAAAUGUCAAUUUGCAUUGGCUCGUGGGAAUGUCUAUGGAUAAGGUGAAAGAAGAUGAAUAAAGAAAACUUGAAAAUUGGGAAUUCACCAAAGAGAGUUAAAAAAAGCUGAAACAAAACAAAAUAAUGAAUCGAAACAUAGGCUAAUUAUAUGAUACAUCAAAGUUGGUUUUUUAAAGUAUCUUCUAUGCUACAAAUACAAGUGAAAUUGGAUAUUACAAAACUGACCAAAGCAACACAAUUACUUUACUGGAAAAAGUGAAUGGGAUAGUGUAUUCUCUAAACAAAAAUAAUUUGUCUGAGAAAAUUCUCUUUUUACUGAUUGACCUAGUUCCCAAAGUGGCCUCGAUCUGAUUAUAGAAUCCUUGACCUUUGAGACCUUAUCAAUUGAAAGAAGAAAUGAUAAUAUAUGGUGAUGAAUAAGAAAUGUCUGAUAUAAAAUUAUAGGGGAUCAUGUGUACAUAGCAUUGCCUUAAUUUGUAAAAUAUCUGUAAUAAAAUCUUAUUUCAGAUACAAACUAAAUUAAUUUUUUUGUUUAAAUACAUAAUGAAACUCUUUACACAGCACGAACACAACAAAAAACACUUUUUUAUUGAUAAAGAAAUAAACUAAUUUUUUUUUCUUUUCUUUUUUUCCAACUAUCAACGUGUCAACGAGCUGCAGUACAUGGAGGGUCACGUGGGCAUUCAACCAAUCAGAUUGUCUAGGAAGCCGAACCAGACUUUUUUUUUUUUUUUUUUUGCAAACCACCACGAGCUGAGGAGAAUGAACUUAAUCUAAAUUAUACCUGAAGUAUGUUGUCUUGUAUCUACUUUAUACAACUUUUAAAUUUUUUAAAUACAUUUUAGAAAAAAAAUUUGACAAUCGUAGAUUACGAAAUUAUUUUUUUUUUUAUUAUUAUUAUUAUUAUUUUUAUUAUUAUUAUUAUUUUAAAAAAUGCUACACUUCUGAACACCAUAAAAGAAAUAUAAGAAAAAAAAAUAGAAUUUUUCUUUAAACGAACAACUUUUUCCUCUCUUAAAAUUAUAUUAUAUUUUUCUUUAGCCUCCUUAGCUCGUGGUAGGUUUGACAUAUGUAUUUUGCGAUAAAAAAAAAAAAAAGAAA